UCACGUCACCGGUCAUGUGAGACGCAGAGGAGGCCGGCAGCCUCGGAGCGGCGAAGAGGCCGGAGGCGGGGAAGGGAAUCCUCUCUCUGCAAAACGCGGAUUUGGAGAGCAGGCGGAUCCCGCCUCUCGGCGCCGCCUCCGCCAGCAUGGGAAUCAAAUUUCUAGAAGUUAUUAAGCCCUUCUGUGCAGUUUUACCAGAAAUCCAGAAGCCUGAAAGAAAAAUUCAGUUCCGAGAAAAAGUUUUAUGGACAGCUAUCACCCUCUUUAUUUUUUUAGUAUGUUGCCAGAUACCAUUGUUUGGAAUAAUGUCUUCAGACUCAGCAGAUCCUUUCUACUGGAUGAGAGUCAUUCUAGCAUCAAACCGAGGCACUUUGAUGGAAUUGGGCAUUUCUCCUAUUGUGACAUCUGGACUGAUUAUGCAGCUGCUGGCUGGAGCUAAGAUAAUUGAAGUUGGUGAUACACCAAAAGACAGAGCCCUAUUCAAUGGCGCUCAGAAGCUGUUUGGAAUGAUUAUUACCAUUGGGCAGGCAAUUGUGUAUGUCAUGACUGGGAUGUAUGGUGAUCCUGCAGAAAUGGGGGCUGGAAUUUGUCUCCUUAUCAUAAUUCAGUUGUUUGUUGCCGGCUUGAUUGUGCUGCUGUUAGAUGAGCUGCUACAAAAGGGCUAUGGCUUAGGUUCUGGGAUUUCCCUCUUUAUUGCUACCAACAUCUGUGAAACCAUUGUCUGGAAGGCCUUUAGUCCUACUACUAUCAACACUGGCAGAGGAACAGAGUUUGAGGGUGCUGUCAUUGCAUUGUUCCACCUUUUGGCUACACGAACUGACAAAGUCCGUGCUUUGCGGGAGGCUUUCUAUCGCCAGAAUUUGCCUAAUCUUAUGAAUCUGAUUGCUACAGUAUUUGUAUUCGCUGUAGUCAUAUAUUUUCAGGGAUUUCGUGUUGAUCUCCCAAUCAAGUCUGCCCGAUACCGUGGACAAUACAGUAGCUAUCCCAUCAAACUUUUCUACACCUCCAACAUUCCCAUCAUACUUCAGUCUGCCUUAGUUUCCAACCUCUAUGUUAUUUCUCAGAUGUUGUCUGUGCGGUUUAGUGGCAACUUCUUGGUAAAUUUACUUGGACAGUGGGCGGAUGUUAGUGGUGGUGGUCCAGCACGCUCCUACCCUGUUGGAGGCCUCUGUUAUUAUCUCUCUCCCCCAGAAUCCAUGGGUGCUAUAUUUGAGGAUCCUAUCCAUGUGAUUGUUUAUAUUAUAUUUAUGUUGGGCUCCUGUGCAUUUUUCUCCAAGACGUGGAUUGAAGUGUCUGGAUCAUCUGCAAAAGAUGUUGCCAAGCAACUGAAAGAACAGCAAAUGGUGAUGAGAGGCCACAGGGACACAUCAAUGGUUCAUGAGUUAAACCGGUACAUCCCUACAGCAGCUGCAUUUGGAGGCUUGUGUAUUGGAGCUCUCUCUGUCUUGGCUGACUUUCUUGGAGCCAUUGGCUCAGGCACUGGCAUUCUGCUAGCAGUCACCAUUAUUUAUCAAUAUUUUGAGAUCUUUGUCAAAGAACAGGCAGAGGUUGGAGGAGUGGGUGCUUUAUUCUUCUAAAUGUCCAAAUAUGUGGCUUGUAAGAAAGGGAGCUGUAUUUUGACCACAUGCAACCUUUUAGUUUCAUAAUGCUAUCUCUCCCCCAGCACACACAAUUUUUAAAGUGCUGUGUGUCCCAUUUCUCAUAAUGGGCAUUGCACAAUGCCUGUGCAGCCAGUACCAGCUGCCUUAAUAAUAAGUUUACAUAUUGGUUAAAAAUACAGAAAAAAAACUCUAGUGUUGCCUAUAAUGCUGGAAACCAAUGCAUUUAUGUUCCUCUUCGAACACUACAGUGGAAACAGUCAAAUGGUGCCCAUUUUGCUACUAGUAACACUUUGCACACUACAUUAUGAGGCUAAUGAAAGCAGCCACCAUGCUCAUUUCAUGUGGCACUCUGGGAUGCGGGUGGGGGAAGUCCUUCCGCUCCCAGCUCCUGUCGCUGUGCCACUGUUCAUGUGGGCACAUGGCGGAAGGGAGGGCAGCUGCUUCUUGUCUGCUGGGGAAAGCAGGUGAGCGCUUGUCUUCCCCACAGCCCAUGGCAGUAGAUGUUGGAGGGCGUGUGCAUGACCUCUGAGAUUUAAGUGUACCUGUGGACACUGGCAAGACAGAACCACCACAAAGUUCCAAAUUGCCACCAGAGACUUCCUGAGCUUAUUUUGAAAUUAUAACACCCCCCCCCCAAAUCUAUAUUCUAAAUGAAUUAUUUAUAUGCUUUUUAAAAUGGUACUACUCUAACCCCCUCUGGUGUAUGUUCAGUACUUUUUACUUUGUGGUGUUAUCCUGUCAGCACCAUGCUUCUGAUCCAGGAAGGUGGGUGAGCAUUUUGACCAACUUGCUUGUGAACUUGAGGCAUAUGGUGUGGGCAAGGCUAUAAGUCUCCCAAGAUUGCAAUUAUCCUCUGGCAGCCUGGUGAAUGCUCUUGCCUCAGUGUAGAUGUAUGGUUUCUAAUUUAUUUUGACUCAUGACCUUUUGAGGGGAGGGAAAAUUCCCCUAUGCUGCUGAAACUUCAUUUUGCUGCAAAAAAGGGAAGGCGUAGGUCUGAAAGCAGUGUCUUUUGUGAAAGGAGUGGAGACAAGAGCGAGUCAUGUUGAAGAAAACUACCUUGUUGUGCUUCUUGGCAGCAAUUUAACCAGUGGAAACACUAGACAAUAAACUUAUUUAAUUAA